AUGCCUGACUUUUUUAAUGCUAUCUUUCUUUUUUUUUUUAACUGUCUUUUCUUUUCUAUCUAUCUAUCUGUCUCAGUCAUUUCAUAUCUAUCUUUGUCCUUUUGUAUCUAUCUGUCUAUCUUUGUCUUUUCAUAUCUAUCUAUCUCUGUCCUUUCGUAUCUAUCUGUCUCUGUCCUUUCAUAUCUAUCUAUCUCUGUCCUUUCAUAUCUAUCUCAAAUGCCUAUAAUGGAGCUAAAAACUAAGUAUUUCGGAACCGACUAUGGAGUUUAUUCUUUUGAGGACUACCGUGGAACUUUCAUGCCACUUCGACCCAAGAAAGUGGUCACUGUCCUUUCCACAUUAGUGGGAGAAUUUCGCAACAGAUACAUCUCUGGGAUCUCAUGGUACCACUGGCCUCAAGAUGCAGAAGAGACUUGUGUGGUUCAUAAUUUCCUGCCACACCGGGUAGUUCAGCCUCACCAAUGUCUUGUGUGUAAAAAAAUAAUAUGGAAUCAAGGCAGUUCAUGUGUGGGUGAGUAA